AUGGAUCAAAGAGCAAAUAAUUUAAGCUCAAUACGUGCUGAUGUUGCUGAAACAACAAAUGUUUUAAAAGUAACUGUUGAUAAACUAGUUGAUCGAGGAGAUCGAUUAGAUGCAUUAAGUGCACGAGCUGAUGAUUUAAAUUCAUCAUCAUAUCAUUUUCAUGGUUCGGCUAGACGUGUACAACAACAUAUGAAAUGGCAAAGUUAUAGAAUGACUAUUAUUAUUGUUGCAAUUAUUGUUAUCGUAAUUGCUUUAAUUGUAUUGAUUGCAACUCAUCCAUGGAGAAAAUAA